AAGUGGCAAAGUUAGCUUACCUUCAUUGAUUGAUCCUUCUCUGUAUUUGCUAGAAUUAUUUACUUUCUCAAGUUCUGAUGUGAUAAAUUUUCAGAAAAAUAUCAGAGCUUAUAAUAGCUUUUUAGCAUGCUCUUCUUUUAGUGCUAAUAUUAAUGAAAGUUUUCAAGAUCAAAGGCCUUUACUACUUUCUAAAGAUCAAAAGUCAGACUUUGUUCAGUUUUAUAUCUAUGAUACUGAUCAUAAAAAUAGUAAUAAGCUUCAUAUUAUGUAUAAUAUAAAUGCUAAAAUUUUACAGUCUUUACAGAUCAUAUUGAAUUAA